GUUUGUCGAUCCAGCAGGUAUUACGGGUACAGCCACCUGCAGAAUGAUGGCCUUCUCCUGGCUGUGUGGGAUAGUCUGGGCAUUGCUUGCGCACACUGUAUUUGGUGAGUAACUGGGAAAAACAUCUCAAUUCUAUAUUUGUUAUUUUCACUAAUUAUUGCAAACCAGAGAAUGGGUGGUAAUUUUGAAUUAUUGUGUAAUUAAAAUGACCAUUCUUGUAUCAAGAUUAGCACUUUCCCCUCAUUGUGCAAAAAUUACUUAACAUUUUUAUAAUGUCUCAAAUUCUAUAAUGAAAAAGCCAGACAGGUCAUCCCCUCUCAUUGAUUCACCUGGGAUCAAAAAUGUAGAUGUAACCAAUUCUGAAACAAUAAUGAUCUUCUAGGACAUCCUUAUAUUUAGUCCUUUUAGUUUCCCAUCAAAAUACAUUAAUUAAACAAAUGUGGAGACCUGAUCAAGCAGUUGAAAAUAACUGAUUGAAAUGUAGUUGUUCUAUCUCACCUUAGUAUUUAUUUAGUUGUUUGUUUAUUUUUACCUUAAAGUCACAAUUUCAAUGUCCAUUCUGCAAAAUUCCUGGUUUAGCAAAUCCCAAUAUCUUGAAGCACUAGACUCUGAUGACCAUAAAUAAAUUGCUGAUAAUCGAACGAUAAGGUUUUGGAAACCCAUGAGAGUAAGAAGAUUGUGACCAAGGUCUGCCUUGAUUCAGUUUGACUCUGACUGCUAGGCCCCCUAAACCUCCAUGAUGCUUUGCCAGAUUUAAAGGGGUACACUAAGCACCUACACAUGAUGAGAUCAAUUGUGCAGGUUAGUUGUGUCAUCGCUGUAGGGGGACAUGGAUGCUUUGGGCAGUUUUGGCAAUAUAUUAACAAAAAACUAUUGUAUUGACGUCAGAGAGUAGUGUGCUCCGUAGCUCUGGCAGGUGCAGAUCGCUGUAAACACUCCCUCCUGGAGCUCGUUGAAUUACUCGGAGUGCAGCUGACCCCUUCCCAUCAUGCACUCUGCGUUCGUAAUUGGUACUGGAUUGGGAGAAGGUUGUACGGUCGUCUUCGCCGCCAGUAGUUCAGACAACGUGCAACGCUGCCCCUCCCUCCCAACCAACCAGGGUUUCUUUAUUCACUCCAAAAAAAUAAAAAAUAAAUUGUCGUCAUGGCGGGUUCUUUGGCUGUGCCCAUCUAAAGUUCUAUUUAUGGGAUUAUCUUGUCCGUGUUAUAGAAUGAUUGGCUGCGUUUGGUGAGAGUCCUCCAGAAGAAAUUCUGUAUGUUUUAAAACACAUGCUGGAAUUACAAAUGUACUGUAUUUUUAGUUUUAGAAAAAGAAAAGAUUAUCGGAUUGUGCACCUCCCAUGUCAGUUUUGGACUUUUAGAUCAGUAAUGUUCCAAUGACUGUCUAAUUAAUGGUGUGGAAUCCUGGCUAAAUUGAUUUAAAAAAACUUGAUAUAAUGGCAUAAUAUCCUGGCCCUUUCCUCUCUGUCAAUAAAUUUCAAUCUUCCCUUCAACUCCAGUAUGUGUGUUCCGUUCAUAUCAAACACCCUCCUCCUCCCCCCCUUAUUGUGCCAGUCUCUCUUCUCCUCCUACCCCCCCUUAUUGUGCCAGUCUCUCUUCUCCUCCUCCCCCCCUUAUUGUGCCAGUCUCUCUUCUCCUCCUCCCCCCAUUAUUGUGCCAGUCUCUUCUCCUCCUCUGCCCCUUAUUGUGCGAGUCUCUUCUCCUCCUCUGCCCCUUAUUGUGCCAGUCUCUUCUCCUCCUCUGCCCCUUAUUGUGCCAGUCUCUUCUCCUCCUCUGCCCCUUAUUGUGCCAGUCUCUUCUCCUCCUCUGCCCCUUAUUGUGCCAGUCUCUCUUCUCCUCCUCGCCCCCCUUAUUGUGCCAGUUUGUCUCUACCCUCCUUUUUCCUUUAUGGACAUAUCUAUCUUACUUCCCACUUAUUCUAUGCUCUAGCAAUGUAAUCCCUGAACCUCCUGUUUAAUGCCCCUGUCCCCAGUUGUACCAGUUCAAUACCUUUUUGAACCCUGUUCUUCCUUUUUCAAACAGUCCCUUGUGUUUUCUGUACUUUAUUCAUACAUUCUCUUUCACACACCCCCCCUUUAACUGUACAAAGAAUCUCCAUCAAAUUCCUGGUCCCUCUUGCAUAGACAUUCCUAACACUGUCUCUUUUGCUCUCCAGCUUACAAUGUAGCUGCUGUCAGACAUGCUUUCUAGAGCUUGGCUAGUGACCCAUUUUAAAUGCCCUUUACCCUGCAAUAAAGAUGUGAUGUUCCACAGGAUUAGUGAAAAGUCCCACUGAGUGUAGCUGGCUGCCUUACAGGAAUCAAUAGAAAAUAUUUUAAAAAUGGAUUUUAACAUUUUAUUUUAUGAUGCUGAUACAACAGAAACCAUUAUUACAACAUGAACAAUAUAUAACAGAGCUACACCUUUGUAGUAACACACUGUUUUGUACUGACAUGUUCUGCAACGCUGUACAAUAGGUGGCCUUAAAAACCAGUUGGACGUUUUGGAACAAAAGGUGAUGAGUCCUGUCCAAAUGAGCUUACAAUCUAAGAGACAGAUCCGUACAAUUUUGAAUAGCUGUGUAUUUAAUAUGAUCUAUAUGUAAAUUUAGUUUAUUCUUUUCCUGUUUUUGUCACAGUGCGGGCCGCCUCGCCAUUGUUGCCAAGUACUACUUACAUCACAAUUAAUCCCACUCAAACUACGAUUACUCUGGAAAAGCCGUACUGCUUGUCGACUGCUGGAAACGCUGUCUACCUGUAUGUAAUGCAGAGUGGUAAGUGUCCCAUACAGGGUGUCAUUGGGCGGUUAUUUUAAACAUAUAAUGGAACAUAGCUCAUUAAUCUAGAUCUGUUUCAUUAUCCUCACGCUUUCACUGUUAUUAACUAAAGAUGGAAUGCACCCUGUACAAAUUAAGUCUGGGCAGGGUUGGAACGGGAGGGCUCGCGGAGGCUGCUGACAAGAGAUCUGCAGCUUUUAUAAGAUUAUAUAUAUAUAUAUAUAUAUAUAUAUAUAUAUAUAUAUAUAUAUAUAUAUAUAUAUAACCCCAAUGAAGAAAAUGGAUAAAUAAAUAUACAUGUUUUGGGGUAUAUCUACUAACAGGGCCGCCAUCAGGGGGUGACAACCAUGAAGGUUGUCACGGGCCCGGUGGGGUGCCCGGCCGCCCGGGCCCCAAAUGUAGCGGCGAAACUGGUGCAGUGCAAUUGCGCCGACCGGGCCCCUUUAAAAAAAAAAAAAUCUCAGCCGCAAAGUACUGCUAGGAGGAUGUUGAGGGGGGGACACCCAUCAGCCACAGCCUUCCACCUGCAAAAAAGGGUAGCAAAAUUAGCAUGCAUGUGUGUGUCUGUCAGUCAUGGUGUAUGUGUGUUUAAAAAUAGUGUUUUUGCUCACCUGGUCUCCCCUCGACUGGCCCUGCCUCUAUAGCUGAGAUCAUCAAGCUUGAUGAUCUCAGCCAAUCCAAUGCUUUGCCAUAGGGUUGGCUGCAAAACGCCACUCCAAUCAGCAUCUCCUCAUAGAGAUGCAUUGAAUCAAUGUAUCUCUAUGGGGAACGUUCAGCACCUACAGAGUGUGGAGGCCCUGAAUGUAGGUGCACUAACACAGGAAGCACCUCUGGUGACGGUCUGAGUGACUGUCACUAGCAGUGUCACUUUGAAGCAAUGUAAACACUGCCUUUUCUCUGAAAAGUCAGUGUUUACAUUGAAAAGCCUGUAGCGACAUGCUAUAGACACCAGUACCACUACAUUAAGCUGUGUGUGCGUCUGCUAGUGAGUGAGCUUGCUUGCAUGCGUGUGCCUGCUAGUGAGUGAGCUUGUGUUUUUAUGUCAAUGAGCUGAUGUAUAUCAGUAAGAUUGUUUGUCUAUGAGGCUGUGUGUCAUUGAGAUGUCAGUGAAAUUGCCUGUGUCUGCAUGUGAGUAUGCUUACUGUAUAAUUAAAGGUUUUACCCUGAAAGGACCAAUAUUUUAUAUUAGAGAAAAAAAAAAAAAAAUAUAUAUUCCAUCAUCUGUCCUGGCAAGACAUAGCCUUAUAUAUUACACGCGACAAUAUAUGGGGCUGGCACAAAUUUAUUUUUUUUCCAGGGCUGCUUUGUAUCCCCAGUCCGGCCCUGAGCAGGGCCGCCACCAGAAAUUUUGGGGCCCCUAACUAAGCUCAGGGUCUGGGCCCCUGGGGACCUGCCUCCAAGCCCGCCCACAGGAAUAUACACACAGACACAAACAUUCACUACUGAUACAAAAGGAUAUAUAUUUACAUACAUUCAGACAGAUAUACAUGCAUACAUACACAUAUUCAUAAUGCCAUGCAGACAUGCAUAAAGACAUACAUUUAUAAUGACAUACAGACAGACAGACAUCUCAUUUUUCAGCCAUCUUCCUGUUUCUUACCUUAUCUUUGCAGGAGAGUGGCUGGGGUUGAUAGGAGUCGGCUGGCUCUCCCUCUUCACUGUAGGGCUGUCUCUCCUCCCGCGCGGAGUGAGGGGCCUGGUCGCGCUAUUACACGGCCACAGCGCUGACCGGGCCUCUGAAGAUAUAGGGCCCAUUGGGUGGCCCUAAUUGCGUGGGCCACCCGAUAGGCCCCAUCAGCGCGCGGGUCCCGGUGCAAGUGCACCGGUGGCAGUUCUGCCGCUACACGUGGGGCCUGGGUGGCCGGGGGGGCCUGUGACAACCGUCUAGUUGUCACCACUGAUGGCGGCCCUGCCCAAUAGGGAAGCAUUGCAGCAAUGCUUUCCUAUGGGGAGAGCAUAAUGCGCAUUUCAGCUAUAGUUUCCCUUUAAUUGGGUUUGCCUCCAGAAACUCUGGUUGCAGAGAAGAUCCAGAAGAAAUCUGGUGGUACAGUACUCAUUAUACUUUGUAUCGGAUUCACAUCUGAGAAUUACUGUUUUUAAAGCCCACACCGGAUUUAUCAGAUUUUCUUUUAUUAAAUCGCUGAGCUGCAAAUUCUGAGAAAAUAUUUGGUACUUUGCCCUGUGCCAAUCACCUUCACCUCCCCCAAUUCAGUUUUUUUUUUUUUGUUUUUUUUUACCAACAGGAGACUUCAAAGCAAAAACAUUUUGGCUAUUUUGAUCCUAAAUUAGAAAUUAACAUUGAAUUCACACUUUAGUAAAAAACUGUGAAAAUCUAAUUUAAACUUCCUCUCCUUUCCCAUUUGUCGUUUCACAGGGGCUUCAUCCAACGCAGUUAUUAAUGCCGCAAACAAUAUCUUAACCACCACCUACUCUCAAUCAACCGGAGGUAGUAAACAACCAUACCUGGCCGCCUCAUUUGCCAUUCCCAGUUGUUCAAGUCUUCCAGACUUCACUAACCUGGGUGAUCCGACCAAGGCACAGUCCAUCCUGGACAGCUACAUCGUCCGAGUGGGAGCUGAUGUCACUUGCUUGACUGAUCCAAACUUUACAGGAUACUGCAAUCCCCCCCUUAACAACAGUACUGCUUACAGGUAACACCCCAUGUGUUUCGUGGUAUUUCUACAGGAAAACUACAAAUAUAAUACAUUCUUUUCUAAAUUUAGCCCAGAUUUAUUAAUUUAUUUUUUAUUUUAUUUAUUUUUAUCAUCCUAACUCUUGCUCAAUAUAUUUUUAAUUUGUUUAUAAAUCUAUUUAAAACCACUGCAUGUUCUUGCUGGCCCUGAUGUCAGAAUCCAAAUUCUCGUUUUCUACGAGCUAGUGCUGGCCAUUUAAGCCUUUUGAGGGGUUUUUAAAUAAGUGCGUACUAAUGCUGCCAGUGGCUAAUAGUACUGAUAAUUGUGUAUCACAAAGAAAAUCCUAAGUGAAUUAAUCAUUUGCAAAUAUUCAAUCAGUGCAUUUUACCAUGUCUGAAUCGUGAAUCUUAUAUUUUUAUAUAAGAUUAGGAUAUGAAGAGUGCUGCCUCUUUAAAAGGCGAAUGGUGUAGAUUUGGUUGGAAUGACGGAGUUGUGACAGGAACUGGAUUUGAUAAAUACACCUGUACGGCUCUCCCGGCGUAAAGGGGUUAAACCGCCAUUUAGUAGAGCUUCCCUUUUGCAGAGGUACAGGCACAGUUACUGUAAGACCCCAAACUCCCGAACUGGAACCAGAGGAAUGCUCCAAACUCCCGAACAGUAUACCCAGUAGCACUCCAAACUCCCGAACGGUAAUCCCACGAAUAGCUGCUAACAGACGAGCAGACACAGCAUCCAAGCGGCUUACAUUCCCAGCAGUCUCUAACCGCGUACAGUAAAUCCCCCUCCCAAUUACGAGACCAAGCUCCGUAUUGAGGGUAAAACAGGAUUCUGGUUUAUUGAGGGCUACCUGCCCAGUAUUUAUGCAGGUCUCCCUCCUGGUGGACACUCCCCUAGGGGACCAGUUGGGAGACUGUGACACGCAGCAAAUCCUGACACACAGAUACAAAAUAUCCCCUCAAUGCACCACAACUCCUCCCUCUCUGUCCAGGAGAUAAUUGGGAAGUAACCCAAUUAUCUCCCAGGACAGAGGCAAAUCGCCAUUUCACACGUGGGGACAAUGAUACAGAAAAAGGCAAUAAAAUAUAUGAUGUGACCAAUAAUGCAACAAUUAUACACAUGUAACAUAUCCCCAGAUAGCUUAGGUCUGAGCGCACAUUAAUACAGAAUAGUGCUCAGACCACACAAAUACAGUUUAAUUGCCAUGGAGCCAAAGUCGUUAAUUACACGAACGGGUUCCAUGGCAUGCUAUCUGGGUACCCUCAUUCAUAUAAUACAGAGUCCCGAAAGCCGGCAUUCAGUUGAAUAACUGGUGCGGGAAUCAAGGAAGGCUGGAGGUUCAGCGGUGUUUGGUGAGUGAAAGUGUCCACAUUCAGCUCACUGAGUCCGGGCACUGAGCACUGCUGGUUGUGCCGGAGACUGUAGAACACCGCCAUCGUGUGGCAGCUAAGGUGUAACCGCGACCACCCGGGAACAGUCAAUUAAGCUGCGGUUAACUGCAGCUACUGGGUGGUCAAUUGACGGCACACGCUAGCUGCGGGAGAUCAAUUGGAGGCACGUGCCAGCUUCCCAGUGGUCGCUGCUUUCGGUAGUUUAACAGGGGAACACAUAGGGACUGUACAGGCAGGGAAAUAAACCGAACAAACAGACAAAUGGAGGGAAAAUAAUUGUAAUCCAUAUACAGGAUUGUAUAAGAUUACAACCCAAUAGACAGGCAGCAUUCUGUGUGAAUUUUCACAAUAUAAUAUUCAAUGACUUAUUUAUGCUUUUUGUAAUGUGGCACAUAUUGGAACAAUAUCUGUAAUUUGUAUUAAUUUUUCUUUUUUUAUUCUAGGUUUAAAUAUGUCUAUGCAGAUGCAGGUGGCGUGGCGCAGUAUCAAACAGACUGGUCCGCUCCGAUCACCACAAAUGGAGGUAAAGAAACCAUAAGCGUUAAGUUGGCACAAGCAUUCAUAAGUGCUAUUUUACACUGCCCAACACCCAGUUACUUCUCCACAUCCCAUUUAUUGUACUUCUUCGGGCUACCAAAUUCUUGGGGGGAAAAAGCUUGAUCACUGCUUAUUGCCAAACCUGAAAUCCUGUACCAUUAAUUUAUAAUUCCUCUGCGGGCUGGAAGAAGCUGGCACCUAUGACCAGGUGUUAAGCACUCCAGAUUUCGGUUCCUGCCAUAAAUGUUGGGUCUGGAACCCGCCUCUCCAAUUCUCUAGAUUCACAGCUUAUUCUCCGACAAUCACUGUCCGGGGAUCUUAUCCUGUAGUUUUGACAAACUGGAAAAAAAACUAAACGACUUGAAUGGAUAGAAAUGGUGGGUGGUAGAGGGAUCCUCUUGCUGUGUUGCCUUGGAAACAAAAAGGCGAAGAGGUAAGUAGCAUUGCAAUAAUAUGUGUACCCCGGUUGGGUACCUCCACCAAGGAAACCUUAGCGCUUCUGCCUCAGUUGCCGUGGCUUGACUGGUGUCUUCCUGGAACAGGAUAGGGGGCGAGCUCUAUUCCCUCCCAGGGACUGGAUGACACACAUUCCUGGGAACUAUAGUCCUUACAAGGAACUUCCCCACGGAAUCCUCUACGAGUUGGAACCAGAUGCUGAGCAGUGAAUAGCUCUUUCCCCUCCCAGUAACUAGAUGACACAUGGUUCUGGGAGUACAACUGAUUUUAAUGAGCCAAACUCUGCUGUGACGAAAUGCCUUUUGUCACUGGAUUUUUAGGUGACAAGUUGCCCUUUGCCCCUGGCUGUUGACUAUGGCUCUGGGUUGUAUGGCCCUUUACAAACAUUAUUUGGGCUAAUGGAUUUAUAUUGUGCUGCUGCUGGCCCUUUUAAGAACUGCAUUGUGCCUUAUGGACUUGUAUUGGACCAUGCUGGCCCUUUAAGAACCGUCUGGGGACUUAUUGAGACUUUGUGUGACAAUUCCCCUUUAAGACGGUGUCCCCAGACUUGGUUAAAAUUCUUUGUUCAUUUCUAUUAUCCACUUGGUUCAGUAAAUGGGGCUUACUGAACCAAGUACCACACAGGCGGACCAACCAGAAGUGGAAGUGUGCAGGCAAUUUACCUCCCAGGCUGUAAACUUGCCAACCGCUGGGUGGCCGCAGUUCGUGCAAACGAACACAUGGCGGCGGCCAUCUUUGUUCAUUCGACCGAGGUCAGCGGUGUGUGCAGCCAAAUCCAUGUAAUCGAAAUCGGCUACACAUUUCAACAAUCACCACUGACCCUUAUCUUCUCCUACACUCCGUUUUCAGCUACAGAGACUAAGUCCCGUUCGGCAGUUUGAACUCACUGUUGUACUGAGCCAAAUGCACGAACGGCCUCGUUCGUGCAUUUGAAUGGGACUUAGUCAUUUUUCUGCAUAAAAUUGACCGGCCGCACAGUCCAAAUCUAUGGAACUGUUUUGGGCAGGAAAAUGUGCUUGCGGUUGGUCAUAAAGGACUUCCGUCUAACUUUUUAUCUACUGGGUAGAUUUGUCUGAUUUUUGAGAGUGUUUAUAUUUAAAGUGCUGAUUCUCAAUAUGUAAUUUCUAUGAAGAUUGUACGUAUAUUUUUAAAGUUAUAGUGUAUGUAUAAAAACUGUAUUAUUCCUGCCUGUGAUAAUUAUGUUAACCAUUGUGUACCAUAAUUAUAUCACAGGCAGAGGGGAGGAUUUUUGUGUGUAAUUGCUGGGAGUGUUUUCUGUAAUGUACGUGUGUUAUUGGUUGUUCUGUAAAACCCUGUGGGUGGUCCUAUGUAAGGAAAACCUGCAUAAAAGAAGGCCCUUUGGUGCCAAAUAAAGCAGAUCAUCUUGUACCUUCAUGAAGUUUCGGCUCAUGUUUGGGAGACUGGGGAUUGCUAUAAUCACUAUACUCCCCAGGGUAUGAUCACUAAGCUCUGCUAAGAGCUUGUUCCUGUUCCUGCUCUCUGGAAUUCGGAGAGGUUGACCUACUGGAAGCUGGACCCUGGUCUUGGGUCCAGAGUGGGUGGAAACGGCGAGACCCCAACCAAGCUGUGGCGGUUCGUGUGGUCUGCAGUGGUUAUGGUGUCCGGUGGAGUGCUUGGAGUCCUCGGGAAGCACUAGGAGCAUCCGUCAACGGAAGGUACCCGGUCGGGGUGUAAGCGGUUCCGUUACAUCUGCCUUUUAUGCACAGACCCUAGCAGGGGGUCUCCAUACAAUACAGACAAACAUAAAAGUACGCCAAAAUUUAAUAAACAUACAGUUACCCCACAUGUCCUAUAUCUCCAAACAGCCCUCAGCUAAACCCCCAAUUUUCCAAAUAGUGCUCAGAUCCAUGCAGUAUAGGGGAAUUGCCAACAAGGUAAAGUUCUGACCGGCUGCACACGUGGUCAUGUGCCCAUAUUAGUUCCAGAGCAAUAAGUGCUUUAGCCGGUGAAUUUUCGGGGGCUCCAGUGGCUGAAAUACGAGGUGCUCCUCCUGGCUCUUAGGGAGCUUUUGUUCCUCAUAUUCACGGGCAUCUUCCCUCCUCUCCUGGUGGGUCGGCAAGUGGGCCAAAAUACUGAAACAACACGACCGGGAACCACAAACUCUUCAUGCCAAAAAUGGUUCCAUAGCGGUCACGGCUAAGUACCGCUGAGGACUAUUAGUGGGUUUGUUCGUGGGAACAACCGCAAGGGAGCGAGCGUUGGGUUAAAUUUGGGAGAGGGAAAGUGCCAAACCAGGGGCACAGAGGAAAAGCUGCAGGGGGAGGCCGGGCAGGCUAACUCCCAAACGGGGUUUCAAGACCCUGACCAUAGUCGGUGGGCAGGAGUCCAGCUUCCACAGUCCUGCAGGAGUUCGUGGCAAACGUUUAUGGGAAGGAGCGUUUGUCACAUGUUACAUUUAGCCAACCCAUCCACAGCUGCCUUACUAUCCUGUCCUUAAAGGACCACUAUAGGCACCCAGACUACUUCAGCUUAAUGAAGUGGUCUGGGUGCCAGUUCCAGCUAGGGUUAACCCUUUUUUUCUAUAAACAUAGCAGUUUCAGGGAAACUGCUAUGUUUAUAAAUGGGUUAAUCCAGCCUCUAGUGGCUGUCUCAUUGACAGCCGCUAGAGGGCUUCUCACUGUGAUUUUCACAGUGAAAAGACGCCAACAUCCAUAGGAAAGCAUUGAGAAUGCUUGCUUUCCUAUGGACUGGCUGAAUGCGCGCGCGGCUCAUGCCACGCAUGCGCAUUCAGCCGAAGAGGAGGAGGAGAGCUCCCUGCCCAGCGCUGGAGAAAGAGGUUAGUUGAACCCCUUCCUCACCCUAGAGCCUGGCGGGAGGGGGACCCUGAGGGUGGGGGCACCCUCAGGGCACUAUAGUGCCAGGAAAACCGUGUUUUCCUGGCACUAUAGUGGUCCUUUAACGGGUAUAUGACAGAGCAACUGUUACAGCGUGUGCCUGUGUUACAUUGCACGGUAGGUGUAAUAAUGGGGAGCAGACUCUGUCGUAUUCCAGUUCUUGAGGAGCAAAACACAAUAAAAAUUCAAAAAUAAAAAAACAACAAAUUGUCCAGAUUCUAAACUUAUUCUAGCAGACUCCUCAAUUCCCUCUUUUUAAAACUUGUAAUAGUUGUUUUCUGUUUUAUCCCUAAAUUAAAAUUGUAACGCAUUACGGGAUGUGUCAGCACCUUAUAAAUUGCAAUUAUAAUGUAAUCUAAAAAGAUACUUGAUGUCACUUUCCAUAAUUACACUUUGCUGUGAAAGAUUCUGGAGUAACAAACCUCACAAACCCAAACACUAAUAAAUAGAGGCUGAAAAUCAAGUGGUUCAUAACUACCUCCAGAACACCAUGUUAAUGCUGAUUAAAUUUUAACUAGUCCUCUGAUAAUAACUUGGAUCCGACCUUCCCCUCUCUUCAGGCAAAGCGUAUUCCACCAUUGAUACAUGGCCUGGCAGGAGAAGUGGUGGGAUGAUUGUCCUGACGUCCAUUCUGAGCGUGCUCCUAUUCUUCCUCUUGGUUGGUUUUGCUGGAACAAUUUUCGCUUGGGUGACGUGAGUAGAAUAUUUUUAUUUUAUUUUUCCCCUCUAUGGAUAGUAAACAUUUUAAAGGACCACUAUAGUGCCAGAAAACCAAACUCGUUUUCCUGGCACUAUGAUGCCCCACACUCAGGGUCCCACUCCCGCCGGGCUGAAGGGGGAGGAUGGGGGUUAAACACUCACCUUUCUCCAGUGCCGGGCUCCCUCGGCACUGGGGACUCUCCUCCUCCUUCACAUACAUUCAGCCAGUCCAUAGGAAAGCAUUACCAAUGCUUUUCCUAUGGACGCUGGCGUCUUCUCACUGUGAAAAUCACAGUGGGAAGCGCCUCUAGCGGCUGUCAAUGAGACAUCCACUAGAGGCUGGAUUAACUCAUUUGUAAACAUAGCAGUUUCUCUGGAACUGCUAUGUUUACAGCAGUCAAGGUUAAUCCUAGAUGGACCUGGCACCCAGACCACUUCAUUAAGUUGAAGUGGUUUGGGUGCCUAGAGUGGUCCUUUAACCCCUUAAGGACCAAACGUCUGGAAUAAAAGGGAAUCAUGACAUGUCACACAUGUCAUGUGUCCUUAAGGGGUUUAAAUGAAGAUCCACAUUGAAGUGUUCAGUUUCUUGACCCUUUUCCCUUAAUUUCCUGAAUUUCAUCAGAUAUAUAGUUCUCAGUUACUUUUUAAUUCAGAGAAAUUUCUGGCUGUCCAACUCGGAUCGGUUUAAAAAAAAAAAAAAUCAUUUUCAGCAGCCUCUGAUGAUUAUUAUUGGCGGAACAGGUUUUGCCCAAAGCCAGGAAUGUAAACAGACGUGCUUGUGUUCUGUACAGAGUCCAAGAGGUUUUGUCUGCCUCUCAGUGUGGGCCAAGCAGACCUUAUCAUACAUAAAACAAUGUAACCAGAGCACAUUCCUAGGAAAAGAAUCAGUGUGUGACAUUUUUUUUUUUUGUAAAUUUUUUUUUUUUUUUAAUAUAAAUUUGGAUAUUUAUAGCUGUCCUAUAUUUUGCUUUUAUUGCAGAGGUGGGCCAACGGGUGUUGAGUCUACAGCAUAUGAUACUCGGACCAGCAUCAAGGCACCAGCAAAGCCUUCCAGCAGCGCUGAACCAGUUUAUUCCACAACUCACGAGUAUUCGCCACACCCGCAGGCGUGAGAGGCUGAAAAUUAUUAGCUUUUGGUUAUACUCAAAACACAUCUGUAUAAAUUUUCUAUGUAGACUGUGUGACAUGAUCAUGAACCAAUUACCCUUUUGUUAAUUACAGGUAGUUUUUUUUUUGUUUUGUUUUUCUUCGCAUUAUAUUUCAGUACUAACUACAAAUCUGAUUGUGAAACUCUAAUAGAGAAGCCUCCAAACCGUUAUUGGACUAAAGUUAUUUAAACUCCUUCCUCAGUUUAACAAUGACAGAACUUUCUAUUCAUAGUGUUUUCCAAGAGAAAGGGAGUGAGUAAAUGCUAAUAAACUAUUUCUUAGAAAGGCGUUUCCUGUGUUACAAUUAAUCCUGAAUUCUAUCACGGAAUAAAUGACCUUCAAUGGUUUUCUUCCCAUUCAUUGACAGAGAUGAUACAUGGUGAAAUGAAAAGGACUCCAAGAAUAUGUCAUUUUAUAGAUUUUAUUUUUUUUCUGAUGUUUAUAAUCUUAAAACAAGUAGGCCAAGUAUACCAUUUUCAGGUGCGUUCUACAGGUUUCCAUGGCUACUGCUCCACUUUUAGCACUUCUCCCAGAAUUGCUAUUUAUAAAUUUGCACUCGGAGCUAUAUGUUUUACUGUUUUUGUUCCGCCUUUUUUUUUUUUUUUCUGUUGUGAUUUUAUGAGCAGUAACUCUCAAUUACGCUGUAAGUACAAGUGUUUUAUAAAAAAUCUUAAAUGUAUACUUUCCUCCUUCAAUUUGUUGAACAGCUUGCAAUAAAGUGUGUUUUUUUUUUUUUU